UAUCGUCCACUGCGCAUGCGUGCUGUGCGGCGCCGACUAGAAGCGGAGACUAUGGCGGUCGCUAGGGUUCCUUUAGAUGUGUCCCUUCGAGAAAGUACUCAAAGAAAAUUGCGGAAGUUUUCAGAACUGAGAGGCAAACCUGUAGGAGCUGGGGAAUUCUGGGACAUAGUUGUACUAACAGCAGCUGAUGAAAAGCAGGAACUUGCUUAUAAGCAACAGCUAUCAGAAAAGCUGAAGAGAAAGGAAUUACCCCUUGGAGUUCAAUAUCAUGUUUUUGUUGAUCCUGCUGGAGCCAAAAUUGGUAAUGGAGGAUCAACACUUUGUGCUCUUCGAUGUUUGGAAAAGCUAUAUGAAGAUAAAUGGAAUUCCUUUACUAUACUAUUAAUUCACUCUGGUGGCUACAGUCAGCGCCUUCCAAAUGCAAGUGCUCUGGGAAAAAUUUUUACUGCUUUACCAUUUGGUAACCCCAUUUAUCAGAUGUUGGAAUUAAAACUAGCCAUGUAUAUUGAUUUCCCCUCAUGUAUGAAUCCUGGAAUUGUGGUUACCUGUGCAGAUGAUAUUGAACUGUAUAGUAUUGGAGAAUUUGAGUAUAUUAAAUUUGACAAACCUGGCUUCACUGCAUUAGCUCAUCCUUCUAGUUUAACUAUAGGUACCACACAUGGAGUAUUUGUCUUAGAUCCUUUUAAUGAUUCAAAACGUAGAGAUCUUGAAUAUAGGUGUUGCCACCGUUUCCUUCAUAAGCCAAGCAUAGAAAAGAUGUAUCAACUUAGUGCUGUGUGUAGACCUGGAGAUUUUUGUCCACAGGACUUUGCAGGAGGAGAUGCUCCCUAUCCUCACCUAGACUCUGAGCAUGUCUACACUGAUAGCCUAUUUUAUAUGGAUCAUAUAUCUGCAAAAAAGUUACUUGCUUUUUAUGAAGAAAUAGGCACUCUGAACUGUGAAGUAGAUGCCUAUGGUGACUUUCUGCAGGCAUUGGGACCUGGAGCAACUGCGGAGUACACCAGAAACACUGCAAAUGUCACUAAAGAAGAAGCAGAGUUGCUAGAUAUAAGGCAGAGAAUAUUUCAUCUUCUUAAAGGAACUUUCCUAAAUGUUGUUGUUCUUAAUAACUCCAAAUUUUAUCACAUCGGGACAACUGAAGAGUAUUUGUUCCAUUUUACUUCAGAUAGCAGUUUAAAGUUAGAGCUCAGUUUACAAUCAGUAGCUUUUGGUGUACUUCCAUAUACUCUGAAAUGUUCCUGUAAGACAUCCUGUAUCAUUCACAGUAUACUGGAUUCAGGAUGUUCCGUGGCACCUGGCUCAGUUGUAGAGUACUCCAGACUGGGGCCAGACGUCUCCAUUGGAGAAAACUGCAUUAUUAGCAAUUCUUACGUCAUUUCCAAUGCUGCCGUGCCUGCAUAUUCAUUUCUGUGUUCCUUAAGCUUGAUGAUAAAUGGACACUUGAAGUAUUCAACUAUGGCAUUUGGAGUGCAAGACAACUUAAAAAACAAAGUUAAGACAUUAUUAGAUACAAAGUUACUUCAGUUCUUUGGAGUUGAUUUUCUGUCAUGCUUAGAUCUUUGGAAUCUUAAAGUUACAGAGGAGCUGUUUUCAAGAAGAAGGGCGCAAUUCAGUUUAUGGACUGCUCGCAUUUUCCCAGUUUGUUCUUCUCUGAGUGAAUCAGUUACAACAUCCCUGAAGAUGUUACAUGCAGUAAAGAGCAAUUCAUCCUUCAGUCUGAGUAGCUACCAGCUUGUAUCCAUUGAAGAAAUGCUUAUCUACAAAGAAGUAGAAGACAUGAUAGCUUAUAGGGAGAAAAUUUUUCUAGAAAUUAGCUUAAUUAAAAAUAAAUCUUACUUAGCAAUAUCUUAAAUAUUAUUUAUAUUA